ACCGCAGCCGGCUGGUAACUGCGCUCCCGCAGCGUAGCUCGCUCUGUUUCUUCCCUCCCGCCGCUGUGCCCUUCUUCUCCCCCGUUCCCAUCCCUCCGCCUUCCCCCGCCUCGCCCCCCACGCCCCAAUCGCGGCUUGAGAUUAGAAGCGCCCGCCCCUCCACCCUUUUCUUCGCUUGCUCAUUGGCUGAAGUCUCAAGGACGCGUCCCGAUGGCGGGUGGCAGCCAUUGGUGGGAUGAGCAAUCCGAGUUCCCGGAUGAGGGAACAUUCUGCAGUAUAAAGGGAGCAGGGAAGGCGGGAGACAGCGCAGUUUGAAUCGCGGUGCGACGAAGGAGUAGGUGGUGGGAUCUCGCCGUGGGUCCGAUUAGCCUUUUCUCUGCCUUGCUUGCUUGAGCUUCAGCGGAAUUCGAAAUGGCUGGCGGUAAGGCUGGAAAGGACUCCGGAAAGGCCAAGACAAAGGCGGUUUCCCGCUCGCAGAGAGCCGGCUUGCAGUUCCCAGUGGGCCGUAUUCAUCGACACCUGAAAUCUAGGACGACCAGUCAUGGACGUGUGGGCGCGACUGCCGCUGUGUACAGCGCAGCCAUCCUGGAGUACCUCACCGCAGAGGUACUUGAACUGGCAGGAAAUGCAUCAAAAGACUUAAAGGUAAAGCGUAUUACCCCUCGUCACUUGCAACUUGCUAUUCGUGGAGAUGAAGAAUUGGAUUCUCUCAUCAAGGCUACAAUUGCUGGUGGUGGUGUCAUUCCACACAUCCACAAAUCUCUGAUUGGGAAGAAAGGACAACAGAAGACUGUCUAAAGGAUGCCUGGAUUCCUUGUUAUCUCAGGACUCUAAAUACUCUAACAGCUGUCCAGUGUUGGUGAUUCCAGUGGACUGUAUCUCUGUGAAAAACACAAUUUUGCCUUUUUGUAAUUCUAUUUGAGCAAGUUGGAAGUUUAAUUAGCUUUCCAACCAACCAAAUUUCUGCAUUCGAGUCUUAACCAUAUUUAAGUGUUACUGUGGCUUCAAAGAAGCUAUUGAUUCUGAAGUAGUGGGUUUUGAUUGAGUUGACUGUUUUUAAAAAACUGUUUGGAUUUUAAUUGUGAUGCAGAAGUUAUAGUAACAAACAUUUGGUUUUGUACAGACAUUAUUUCCACUCUGGUGGAUAAGCUCAAUAAAGGUCAUAUCCCAAA